AUGGCUUUCUACAAAGUGAUCUGUGUGGCAACUCUGCUGACUCUCCUGACACAAGUGUGCGGUAAGCCAACACUCAACACCAAGAUUGUUGGAGGACAGGUGGCCACUCCAGGCAGCUGGCCCUGGCAGGCCAGUCUACGAACCUCUGGGUCCCACUUCUGCGCAGGAACCCUCAUUAACAAUCAAUGGGUGAUGACUGCUGCUCAGUGCUGCGCAACAUCAGGCAUAAGCACGAGCACUCUGACUGUGUCUCUGGGUCUCCAGAGUCUACAGGGAAUAAACCCCAAUCAAGUGUCUCGGACAGUAUCACAGAUCAUCGUUCAUCCCAACUUUAACUCUGGAACUUUUGAAAACGACAUCUGCCUCCUGAAGCUCUCCUCACCCGUGACUUUCACCACCUACAUUCAGCCCGUCUGUCUGGCAGCCACAGGCAGCACCUUCUACAAGGGGACUGUCUCCUGGGCCACCGGCUGGGGCAGUGUUGGAACUGGAGUGUCCCUUCCUUUCCCACAAAACCUAAUGGAGGUGCAGCUGCCGGUUGUAGGAAACAGAGAGUGUACCUGUAACUACGGAGUGAGCUUGAUCACAAACAACAAGAUGUGCACUGGGUUCAGUGCUGGAGGAAAGGACGUCUGUCAGGGGGAUGGAGGAGGUCCGCUGGUGAGCAAGCAGGGCGGUCGCUGGAUCCAGGCGGGAAUCGUGAGUUUUACCAGUAGUAAGGGCUGUGCCCAGCCUAAUAUCCCAUCAGGCUACACCCGAGUGUCCCAGUAUCAGUCCUGGAUCAACAGCCGGAUCACCAGCAACCAGCCAGGCUUCAUCACCUUUAAAUCCACUGGGACCGACGGUGACCUCAGCAUAAGAUGUCCUGCCACCCCACCCCCAGCAGCCCAAGUGUGUGGUCAGCCAACACUCAACACCAAGAUUGUUGGAGGACAGGUGGCCUCUGCAGGCAGCUGGCCCUGGCAGGCCAGUCUGCAAGACACUACAGGGUUCCACUUCUGUGGAGGAACCCUCAUUAACAAUGACUGGGUGAUGACUGCUGCUCACUGCUGUGAAGGGUAA